CGGUCGCAAUUCGAGGCCAAAUUACGCGCAUCCGAGGCUGUUUUUGGUUUCACUUCCUCAAAGAACCAGUACUGUGUUCAGUGUUUUUACCCCUCCUGACAUUGUUUGAGACAAGACUAGAUUCCAAUUCUAACGGUCAUAGAGAAACGUUUUGUUAUUAUCCUGUCGUACGCUAUUUAAUGGUUUAAUAACCAAGACUGGAGUUGGUUUUUGAAGAGAGCCGUAGUUCCCGAGUUUUUCCGCCGCGGACUAAGACAGCGCGGAUAAGAACAAUGUUAUCAAAGGUUCUGACGUAAAUACAGGCAGCUGAAGCCAUGCAUAUUAUGGGCUCCAGUGCCGAGGAAGUCCGUGCUGGACUAACGGGCCAUGUGUCCACUGUCCAAAUUCUCACCUUGCACCGUGAGCUACUGGUUUCCCAAGUGAAGAGCACGCAGUGCAUUCUGGAUAACCUCCUAGAAAGUGGUUUUCUGUGUAUCGAGGAUGCAGAAAUCAUCCAGCGCGCAGCCACCAAGACAGACCAGGUGCGUAAAAUCCUGGAAUUGGUCCAAAGCAAAGGGGAGCAGGCAUGUGAAUACUUCCUAUAUAUUCUCUACAAAGUUUAUGACGCAUACAUAGACCUCCAACCAUGGCUUAAAGAGAUCAACUACCAGCCACCAGACUUCAUACGGGACAUACCAGUGAAGAACACGGACCCUAUUAGUAGGUACUGUGAGAAGCUGAGGCACGAGCUGGGCCGAGACACACGCUUCAUUGCAUCCUACACCAAGCGAGAGGAAACCCUGCUGGAGGAGCUCUAUACAGACACCCUGAUGGAGCUCCUGAAUGACCGCAAUGAGAGCCUGGGCCACCUGGAGGGUCUGGAGCAGCUCCUGGGAGAGCAGGGUGUCUUUAACCCACAGGCAGAGACGGUGCUCAUCACGGGGGACGCUGGGGUGGGCAAGUCCACCCUCCUCCAGAAGCUCCAGAGGCUGUGGUCCAAUAGGGAGCUGGAACAGACAGACGCCAUGUUCUUCUUCAAGUUCCGCUGUAGGAUGUUCAGCACAUUCAAGGAGACAGACGAGAUCUCACUCAGGGACCUGCUUUUCAAAUACAACUGCUACCCCGACCAAGAUGCGGACAAUGAGGUGUUCAGCUACAUCCUCCGCUUCCCCGAAAAGGUUCUCUUUACGUUUGACGGCUAUGAUGAGAUCCAGGCUGAUCUGGACCUGGAGAACAUGCCUGAGGUGGUUUCUCCAGAGGAGAGGACUCACCCCCUUCUGGUGCUCAUUAACCUGCUCUGUGGGAAGCUGCUUAAUGGUUCCCAGAAGGUCCUGACGGCUCGGACAGGCACCGAGGUCCAGAGCAGGGUGAUCCGGAAGAGGGUGGCGCUGCGUGGGUUCUCUCCGGCCCACCUUCAAACCUACACCAACCUGCACUUCCAAGACCAAGAGCACCGGGACUUGGUCUCAGUCCAGCUGGAUGCCAGCCCCCACCUCUGUGGCCUCUGCUCCAUCCCACUCUUCUGCUGGAUCGUCUUCAAGAGCUUUAAACACCUGCGCUCAGUCUACGACGACUUUGAGCUGCCAGAGGAUUGCAUGACCCUCACUAACAUAUUCCUUCUGCUGUCUGAAAUCUUCUUCAGCCGGGGGGCCGCUCCCCCACCGGGCCUCCUGAAGAGAAACACCAGGUGCCCCGCUGAUACCUUCAGGGCAGGGCUGAGGCCGCUGACAGCCUUCUCCAAGCUGGCUCUGCUGGGCAUGGAGAGAGGAGGCUUUGUGUUCGACCAGGAGGAGGUGGCCUCCUGUGGCCUGACUGAGGCCGACCUUCAGGUGGGUUUCCUCCGACCGGUCAGCCGCUACGAUGCCUGUGGAAACCCUUCUACGUUUGAGUUCUUUCACCUCACCCUGCAGUCCUUCUUGGCUGCAUUCUCCCUGGUUCUGGACGAACAUGCCAGCGUAGGCAACAUCCUCAAGUUCUUCACCGAGUGCAGCAGGAGGGACAACACAUCUUGUUUAUCAUUUGUCUUUCCCUGCAUCGGUGGCUCCUCCAAACCCAGGGGAAAGGACCCGUUCAAGACCAACGAGCAUCUCCAGUACGCCAACCUCUUCCUGUGUGGACUGCUGUCUAAGACCAACGCCGGCCUGCUGGAGCACAUGGUUCCUCCAGCGCUACUGAAGAGGAAGCGGGCAGUCCUCAAGUCCUACCUGUCCACCAGCGUGAGGUCCCACCUCCGUGGCCUGCCACUCCACAGCACAGAGCAGGAGGGCAGCAAGGUGCAUGUCCUUCCCAACUUCCUGUGGAUGCUGCGUUGCAUCUUCGAGACAGGAAGUAAAGAGGUGGCCCAGCUGACUGCGAAGGGCAUCACAGCUGACUACAUCAAGCUGGGCUACUGUAAUGUGUUCUCUGGCGACUGCAGUGCCCUCAACUUUGUGCUGCAGCACCGGCGGAAGAGGCUAGGGGUGGACAUGGACAACAACAACAUCAGUGACUAUGGGGUCAAGCAGCUCAGGCCUUCAUUCAGUAAGAUGACCGUGGUGAGAUUGUGUGUCAAUCAGAUCUCAGACAGCAGCGUCGAGGUACUGGCUGAGGAGCUUAUCAAACACAGAGUGGUGGAGGUUCUGGGACUUUACAAUAAUCUCAUCACGGACAUCGGAGCCAAGCUAAUCGCUCAAAUCAUUGAGGAAUGUCCUAAGUUAAGAGUUGUCAAGGUUGGCAGCAACAAGUUCACCAGUGUGGGUGGCAGGUACCUGGCCAGUGCCAUUCAGAAGAGCACAUCUAUCUUUGACGUGGGAAUGUGGGGGAACAGCAUUGGUGAUGAAGGAGCAAGAGCAUUCGCAGAGGCCCUGAGGAAUCACCCAAGUCUUACCAACCUCAGCCUCUCAGCCAAUGGCAUCACUUCAGAAGGUGGGAGGAGCUUGGCUGAAGCACUGAAAUGUAACACAAUGCUCAGAAUAUUCUGGUUGGUGCAAAAUGAGUUGUCAGAUGAUGUAGCACCAGACAUGGCAGAACUGAUCAGAUCCAACACGGGUCUAUCUCACCUCUGGUUAAUCAAUAAUCAGCUGACAGUGGAUGGAAUCAGACAGCUGUCAGAGGCUCUCUCCCACAACACAUCACUCAAAGAGAUCUGUUUGAAAGGAAACUGUCUUUCUGAAGAGGAAGAGAAGCUGUUUGAGGCUGAGGGAAGGCUACGCUUCCACUGAGGAGACAGAACUGCGCUGGAGCGUGUGUAGAUUGGUCACCUCUGUUACCGAAACUUAGAAGUUCUUUGUGUAUUUUCUUGCAUACAACAUUUUGUAAAUAUUUGAACAUACUGUAUUAGCUAGGUGAUUCUGGCAUAUGGGUAAAAGCCUUGACUACUGGCUGUAAGCGAAGGAGUGAUGCGCGUUUGGAGCAAUACUGGCUGUAUCCAAGGGUCAGCCAAUCGUUCACAUACCAACAGAAUGUAGCACGUGACUGAAGAAAAAAAAGUCGGACAGCUAACGUUAACGUUAGUAACGUUAACCUAACCAAUUCGCUAUAAUACUAACUCGUUUACGAAUCCUUGCCGUUCAAGUUAUAACGCGUUAGUUGCUUACUGGACUCUGGCAAUCUGUGUGAAAUGUUGACUAGCUAUGAACUAAUGUUUUCCCUCUACAGUAUGUGGUUCAUUUUCAGAAUGAGAGAAUUAGGUGAAAAUUAGGUGUUGCUUGUUAAACAAGUGCAAUCAGCGAUCAAGUGUAGCUGGGCCUGUCUUAAGCAGGAUGCCACUAUAGAGGUGAAAGGAACACCACACACUUUCCCUAUUUCUCACUUUUUCAGUCAGUGGAUAAAAAGGGUUAAUCCGGGUGUACUCUCUGCCUGAAAGAGAUCAAUUAUGCCAACAAAGGGUAUCAUGCUCUGCUGGCACAUUGUAGAACAGAUGUCCACAGGCAGAACGUGUACAAUUGUAAUAGUGUGCAGUGUAGCCUAAAGAUUUUGCUUAUGUUGUGUUGAAUUUGACAGUAACACUUGUGUGAGUGAGGGGGGAUUAUUAACAUUUUUACUCAGUGAACAUUAUUUUUGCAAGUGUGUAACAAUGUGCAUUUGAUCAAUGUCUACUAUAGUGGCCACUAUAAUAGUGACAAUAGAAUGCCUGUUUGUUUCAUUCUAUUUCUACUUGAAGAUGUUUUUUUUUUUAAGUGCAAUAUUUAGCUGUGUGUGUGUGAUGUCACAAGUGUUCUAUUAUAAAGGCUGUCAUGGCUAACUGCAAUAUUGUAUUGUUUUGUCCCAAGACUUGUUGUUUGCAGUAAAGUCUAGGCAACAAAUAACA